GAGGAGAUGGGCGGAGCUUAGCGGAGGGUGGGAGUCCGUAUGUCUUUGGCAGUGCUAGAGAUGGGACAGAAGAGCAUGCCUCUUCUCCUCUCGUGUCCACAGGAGAUCUCGCGAUAGUUUUUGUACACACCUUGUGCGCGGGGAAUGCUGUAGGGCUGGAUGAGGAGCGCAGAGGACUUCCUGCGGAAAUCUUUGGGCUCUUCUCUGACAAGCUGCCACCAUGGAUAUGCGAGUCUUCAUAGUUGCGGGUCUGCUGGUACAUUGUGUGUUCCUGAUCUCUAUCUUUGACAUUUAUUUCACAUCUCCUUUGGUUCAUGGCAUGACUCCACAUCAGACUCCUCUGCCACCCCCAGCACAACGCUUGGUCCUGUUAGUUGCAGAUGGUCUGCGUGCAGAUUCCCUUUAUGAACUGGAUGACAAUGGCACUUCCAAUGCCCCUUAUCUCAGGAAUAUCAUAGAAAACAAAGGAAGCUGGGGAGUAUCUCAUACUCGCGUCCCAACAGAAUCUAGACCUGGACAUGUAGCACUCAUAGCUGGAUUUUAUGAGGAUGUCAGUGCUGUUGCUAGAGGAUGGAAAGAAAAUCCAGUGGAAUUUGAUUCACUUUUCAAUGAAAGUAAAUACACAUGGAGCUGGGGAAGUCCAGAUAUUCUUCCUAUGUUUGCAAAAGGUGCCACCGGGGAUCACGUUUAUAUCAAUUGUUACAAAGCUGAAAGAGAAGAUUUUGCAGUGGAAGAUGCAACUGUGCUAGACACUUGGGUUUUUGACAAUGUUAAGGAUUUCUUCAACUCAUCUAGAAACAAUAAUACUUUGUUUUCUAAACUGCAUGAGCCGAAAAUUGUUUUCUUCCUGCACUUACUAGGAAUCGACACCAAUGGGCAUGCCCAUCGGCCUCAUUCAAGGGAAUACAAGAAUAAUAUCAGGGCAGUUGAUGAAGGUGUGAAGGAAAUCGUUUCAGUGAUUGAGGAUUUUUAUGGAAGUGAUGACAACACAGCUUUUAUCCUGACUUCUGACCAUGGAAUGACAGAUUGGGGGACACAUGGAGCUGGCCAUCCAUCAGAGACUUUAACACCACUAGUUGCUUGGGGGGCAGGAAUCAAAUUCCCACAGAGAGUUGCCUCACAACAAUUUGAGGAUGACUUUUUAAAAGAUUGGAAGUUAGAGACCCUGAAGCGCCAAGAUGUCAACCAGGCUGAUAUAGCACCAUUGAUGACUUCUCUUAUUGGAGUCCCUUUCCCCCUGAAUUCUGUGGGUGUUUUGCCGCUGGAGUACCUCAAUACCAGUGAUCAUUUUAAAGCAGAGAGUAUGUUUACAAAUGCUGUUCAGCAUCUUGAACAAUUUAAGGUUAAGAUGGCUCAGAAGAAAAAAACUACACUACCAUUUCUGUUUUCGCCAUUCAAGUCUCUUUCUGAUUCUGAGCAGAUUAAUAUUCUCAGAAAAGCAAGAGCAUCUAUUCAGAAUGAGAAAUAUGAAGAAGCAGUAUCUCUUUGCAAAAAUCUGAUUAGCCUUUCUUUGGAAGGGCUGUCUUAUUAUCAUACAUAUGACAGGCUCUUUCUAGGUGUGAGCGUUGCCAUGGGUUUUAUAGGCUGGACAUUUUAUGUGAUCUUGGUGAUCAUAAAAGCACAUACUUCUCUGACCAGAAAUGUCACAAUAAAUAAGGUGGCUGGCAGUCUAUUCCAGAGUACAUUUCUUGCUGUUGGAAUAUUCAUAAUCAUUUUCCUGGCCAUUCAGAGCUUGCCUUGGACUUAUUACAUCUAUUGUCUGUUACCAGUCCCAAUAUGGUAUGCAGUUUUGAAAGAAUACCCUGUUAUUCAAGGACUGAUCACAUUUCUCUUGAACUUUCAACGGACCCAGUUUGUUGGAUUUUUGCUAGUUUACACCUUGGGAAUUGAAAUAUUGGUUUUCUCCUUUUUCUAUCGUGCAGCUCUCAGCUUUGGCCUGAUUGCCUUUGCUGCAUGGCCCUUGGUCACCCAGCUCUGGACCAAAGCAAAGACAACCGUACUAAGCUGGAUUCUUUCAUGCUUGUUGCUGGCGGUUUUCCCUUUGAUGCCUGUUGUGGGAAGAGAAGCAAAUCUGUCUCUAGUAACAGCAGCAGGGUUGCUGACACUGUUGGUGGCUUCAUCCUACCUGGUGUCCUACUUUUGGAAAAGCAACAAGAAUUACCUGCAUCAUAAAGACCUCAAAAUAUAUCUUUUUCAGUUGCUGAGCUUGGUGCUGUCAACAUACGUGGUGAACAAUACUCACCGCAGUGUUCAAAGCAAGCAAGGAUUGCCUGUAAUCAAUCAGAUUAUUAGCUGGACAAUAUUAGCUUCGUCCUUGAUAGUACCACUGCUAAGCCCCACAUUUCUCUUCCUGCGGCUGCUGAGCAUACUUCUUUCCUUGAUGUCAACAUACCUUCUGCUUAGCACAGGGUAUGAAGCCCUUUUCCCUCUGGCAUUGGCUUUGUUGAUGUUUGUGUGGAUAAAUGUGGAGAAAGAAGCAAUACAUCUUCAUGGAGUUUUACUUAAUCCAAAGCUUGCUGCGCUCAGCUUUUCAAACGCUACUGAUAUAACACAGUUUCGACAACUCCAUGUGGACGACAUCAGGCGAUCGUUUUUCUUUCUUUUCUUCAUAGUGACAGCUUUCUUUGGUACUGGAAACAUAGCUUCUGUUAACAGCUUUGAUCCAACUUCGGUGUAUUGCUUCUUGACGGUUUUUAGUCCUUUUCUAAUGGGAGGCUUGCUGUUGUGGAAGAUUGCAAUCCCCUUUGUUCUUGUGUCGUGUGCGUUUGAAGCUGUGCAAGUCACUACCCAAUUAUCGUCUAAAAGGCUUUUCCUCAUUGUUCUUGUGAUUUCAGACAUCAUGGCUUUGCACUUCUUCUUUCUGGUUAAAGAUUAUGGAAGCUGGCUGGACAUCGGAACAAGCAUUAGCCAUUAUGUUCUUGUGAUGUCCAUCACCAUCUUCUUGAUGCUCUUAAGUGGAAUGGCCCAGCUGCUCACCACAAAAAGACUAAGCCCUUGGGAAGACACGAAGCACCAUUUGUUGUGACGGAUGACUGAGAUGUCCAUAUUUUGGAACCUUCACCUUUCCAGAGGGACACAUAAAAUUGUGAGAUUGGCAGCUAGAAACUUCUAAAGAACCUGGAGCUACAAGCUCAUUCUCUUCAGAAUUGAAUCUUGUUUGGUCAGUUAUCAAGAAGAAAGGGAAAGAACAUAGCCGUAAACCUUCUGCCAAAACAUGAAUAACUUUAAUGAGUUAUUUUAGUGUUAAAGAUGAGUUCUGGCUGGGGUUGAGAUGGGUGGCAGGGAAGGAAAUAGACUCUGUAACUUUGCCUGAAAGUGCCAAGGCUUGGAAAGCCAGUGAACAUUCUUCACAUUGUCCCUCAAAACCUGUGCCUGCCUUUGGACCAAAUAAUGAAUGGACUGAUGUGCAAAAAAGGUCUGCGUGCUCUGAGAUUUACUACAGGCAAGGUUCUCUCUUCUAAGGCGAAGACCAAGUUUAAUGACUUGUGUUUAUUGAGCAAAGACUAAAACUUGAAUUCUACUGUUUUGUAGAGUGAAAGAGAGGAAGCACGACUUCUUGGGCACUUUAUAAUUUCUUCACCUCAGGAAAUUUAUUAUGGACUAAACAUAAUAUGAUUACAGAAAAGAGAAACAAUACAUUGAGAUACAGAAUUGCAAAAUGUACAAACUGACCUCCGCAAAAAAAAAGGGUCAUUAAAAUUUUAUAACAAUCUGAA